UCCGAGAUAAGGUCGGCUCGAUUCACUUAAUCCAGGGAAGGAGGGUAUAAAACAUCUCGCCAUGAAGGAGAAGUCAUCAUUGGAAAGUUUUCCAGAACGGGAACACUCUGAAAGAAACUAACUCUGAGAAUGUCAGCCACUGCAACCGUAAUGCGCUCCGUCAAAUCAGCAGCAACAUGUCUUCUCCUGUUGUCUGCUCUUCUCUACUGGGCUGACUCUUACCCCGACAUGGUCUCCUCGGAUGCUACGUGCAACGAGUGUGCGCUGAAAAAGAACGAGCUUUUCUCCGGGGACUUUCCCAUCUAUCAGUGUAUGGGCUGCUGUUUCUCCAGAGCUUACCCAACACCUCUCAACGUCAAGAAGAUGAUGAUGAUCCCCAAAAACUUCACCUCGGAGGCAACGUGCUGCAUCGCGAGGAACAGCUACGAGGUAAGACACAAGGACAUAAUCGUGAGAAACCACACCGGGUGCUAUUGCGGCACCUGCAUGUUUCACAAGAUCUGACAGAUAAAAAAAUAAGUUAUAGGAAUGGUUCAACUCCACUCCGCAAUUUCAUAUUUGCAAUGAGCUUUUCUUUUCUUUUUUUUCUUUUUUUAAUCUCAAUUUAGGAAUGCAUGUUCUUAUGUUGACCAGGUCAUCAUUUUUGCAGCUUUGUUUUGCUUGUUGUGUCAUGUACCCAAACAAUGUGAGCCCGCGUGUUGUCCUCAUUUGUUGUAUAUGCAACUUUGAAAAUGUUGUCAGUUGUGAAUGGAAUAA